UCCAAAGCGCCCCAACCUGGGGCCAAUAUAUCGCAGAUCAGGCUCGAAAAGCAGGGAUAGAGCUUGACAUCAUUUCUGGCAUGACUGGCACGUGGCUUGAUGGUAUUUGAAGUCAAGGGCCUUUGCCCGGGGCUAGUAACACGAUCAAAAUGGAGAAGCCAGGUCGAAGGAAACCAGGGGCGAUCCAUCGACCGGCAAGAGAGGAGUUGCAAGUUGCCGCAAACAAAGCAAAACUGCGGCGCACGCUAGCAAUAUGCAUAAAAUUACACCUCUCACUCGUCUGACACUUUACUAAUUCUGAGCCGUCAGAACGACUGUCCAUCACGAUGGCAACGCAGGGUCUCAGCAGCUCCACCCGCCAGCUGACCUACAAGAACCUCUCCCGCGAUCGCAACGAAAUCCGCCUCCUGGAAAUCCAACCCGCUAGUGACCUCAAUGAUAUAAUUAUCGCACGCCUUGUCAACCGACAGUUGACACCUGAGCUGGAAUUCAUCGGAGUGUCGGCUCUGUACGGGGACACUGAUGCAUCGGAGAAAGUCCAGAUAGACAACAAGCGCAUCGCCAUACCGGCGAACCUGGGACAAGCCCUGCGACAUGUCAGGGCGGUCUUCUCGCAGUCGGACGUCAGCUCCAAUGCCUCCGAAGGCGAGGGCUCCUCAAUGGAGGUGAAAAAGUCGAAGGAACCGAAACCGGAAAAGAGACCACCGCGCUGGCUCGGCAACAUACUUCGCAGCCUGGGCUUCCAGCGCCCCGAGGUCGACCGUGCAAAGAACCAGAGCUCAAUAUUGCUGGUCUGGCUAGACGCCAUCUGCAUUAACAGGAGAGAUGCACGGGAGCAGAAGGAACAGAACAGGACGAUGUCGACCGCCUACCGGAAUGCUAAGGCCGUUGUCGGAUGGCUGGGCCCAAAGGACGACACGAGCGACCAAGCUGUCAACGUCAUCCGUACAUGCGACAGAGCCCUUCCACACCACUUUGGUACGCCCGAGGACAAGGAGCUUCACCCUGAGAACUACGCGCCAGAUUACGUCUGGAUGGAGCACAUGAAACAUCUAUGGGAGAUGCCUGAGGGUAUGACGGACUUGCGCGAGCUACCCAACUUCACAAGCCUUGCGAAAUUCCUCCAAAGGCCAUAUUUCCAGCGAGAUUGGAUCCUAAGCGAGCUGGCAAUGGGAACAUUCCCAACGUUUCUAGUCGGCGAGGAGAUUGUCAGUUGGACCGAGGUGUUGCGGUGGAACCGGUGCAACGAGGAACUGAUCGAUGUGGCGACUGCACACUUCCCCGAGAGUUAUAGGAAGGACAUCGAAACUUUCAUCCCAUUGGGGACGGUGUAUACUAUGCUGAAGGAGUUCGAAAAGAGAAGAGAUAGUCCAGCGUCCGGCUCCGACACAAGGUCGAUGCUUACGCGUGGCUCUUCCAAGAGCGGCUCUUGAAUGCGAGGCCGGAAAUUAAAAUGCUCGUUGUGUAUGGUUUUGGUUACGAAUGGCUCAUGGCUUCCACGGAAGAAACGAUUUUUCUUCUUCUUGAUCUAGUCUUUAUAUACCCACAGCCCUGUUAUCUGAUUACCCAACCUGCCAAUGGCCGAGCCUUGACGCCUGACCUUUCUCUAAUGCCCCUGAUAGCCGUUCGUGCUUUAAGCAGGAUCUCGUUCUCAUCCAUGUUUACCAGCUGUCCCUUCUCGACAACUAGAACCCCGUCCACGACCACGGCCUCCACGUCUGCCGCCGUACAGCUAUGAACCACCA